CCCUGUCGUGCAGGUGUUCGCACAAGUCGACAACCCUAGCGGCAACAGUUAAAAAAUGGUGUGAAACGGCGACGGAGAACGCGGCGUGCAACUGUUGGAAGCCAUCGCUUGGUCCUCGUUUUGGUCCCGGGUUUUGGUCCUCCUAUUAAUCUCCAUCUCCGCCCGGUUACCAACACACCAUUUCCAUUGCCAGUUCCAGUUCCACAUCCACACCCCCGCCAGCCAGCCAUCAACAACAACAGGAGUAACUCCAAUCUCAAAACUCUUGCAAUUCCCCUGCGAAAUGGGCACCAUCUCAUCUGUGCUGCAAUGGUCGUGCACCAAGUGCAACACGAUCAAUCCCACAGAAUCGCUCAAGUGCUUCAAUUGCGGCACGGUUCGCAAGGUGUUCCCCCAACAACAACAACUGCAGCAGCAUCAGACGCAGCAUCGAAGGGUCGCCGCCUCCUGGACAGCUGAUGAUGCACUGGAGCAGGAACAGGCUGAGAAGGAGCAGGAGAGGGACAAGGAGAAGGCCAGGGCGGCGGUUGCCAGGAGCGAAUACAAGCAUGUGUACAAAUCCCUGCUGCGUGGAUGUUUGAAAAGACCACAACGGAACAGCCAGAACCUGCCAGCCAACUGUGUGGAUUGCGAGGACACGCGCAAGUACAUCAAGAGCUCCAUCGAGCUGUACCGCCACUUCUCGAAUCCGGCCCUAAACCGCCGGUGGGUGUGCCACGCCUGCGGCACGGACAACAGCUCGGUCACCUGGCACUGCCUCAUCUGCGACACGGUCAGCUAUCUGGCGCCCAUCUACAAGGACGCCAUUGCCGCCGAUCGCGACCAGGAGCUGGCCGGAAGUCUGGGCAAUCGUGGCGAGCUGCUGGCAGCGGACCACCCUCAUCAUCAUCAUCACUACCUCCAUCAGGAGCUGGAAGAUCAGCAUCAUCACCAGCAUCAGUUACAUUCCCAGCAUUCGCACAAGAGGCACCUCAAAGGUAGAUCUGUAUCGGGAUCUGGAUCUGGAUCGGCAUCUGGACUGCGGCGCACCCAGAGCCUGAGCACCGCCAUCGACAAGAGCGCCUCCGGACGCAGCUGCCACAUCUGCUAUGCGAACAACCAAAGCAAGGACAUCUUUAAUCUGCCGCAGGUCAAACCAGCGCCGCAGCUGACAGGGAUUCCCCCCGUGGCCGCCUGCAGCAACUCUCGUUUUGCCAUCGCAAAUGACACAUUUUGCCGGCGCAAACAGAACAAUAAUAACAAGAAUCAAAACCACAAGGUGGUGCGUGAGAGCGGGGCCAGGCGAAAGUACAACUUCACCAUCACCACGCUCUCGCGCUCGGCGGCCAAAGAUUGCGGCCAGGGCCAGAUGAAGCCACUGCGCCAGCCCCUUAAUCUGAAUCUGAAUAUCCAGCAGGAGCAGCAGCAGAAGACGGCGGCGAAUCCCCAGCAGCUGCAGAAGAAGACCCAGCGGGAGCUAGCAGCAGUGAGUAUGAAUCCAACGCAGUUCACCAUUCCGCGGAACGGCGUCUUCAUAGCCGUCAACGAGUGGUCGGAGCCAACGGCCAACAGCUCCUCCAGCUCCAAUCAUCAUCAUCACCAUCAUCAUCAUCACAGCAACAGCAUCAACAACAACAGCAGUUCCAGCAGUGGCAACAAGUUGUAUGAGAACGAGUGCGUGGCCUUGGCCCAGCAGCAACUAAGAGCAGCUGCUGCCCAGGCGGCACAGGCAGCCGCCACGGCGGUGGCCAUCGCGAGCUCGCCCUCUGGCAAGGCGUCGGCGGAACCACCACCGCAAGCCACCAUACCCAUCUAUGCGCAGGUAAACAAGCAGCACAAGCUCAAGAAGAAGCAACAGAUAGCCAACGAAACGCAAACGAACAACAAUGGCAGUGGGGAGAUCAUGGAUGCGGUUAGUGACUCCCUCACAGGAUUGGGCACCAGUACCGAUGGGAACGGCGAUGCCAGUGAGUCCGAGUCGCAGGUGGAGGAGCAUUCUAUCUAUGCUAAGGUGUGGAAGGGACCACGCAAAGCGACCGAAUCGAAAAUUACGCAUGAUCCAGGGAGCAGUAGUCGCCUCUUAGUGGCAUCAUCCGCAACAGCAUCCUCUGGAGCGGCGGGAGUCGGAGCGAUAGCGGCAGCAGCAGGAGCAGUUGCUCCCACUCGUCACGACAAUAAAGCACAGUUGGGCAACAGCAACGGCAGCCGCAGCAAGAUGUGGACAUGCAUCAAAUGUUCCUAUGCCUACAACAGACUCUGGCUGCAGACCUGCGAGAUGUGCGAGGCCAAGCCGGAGCAGCAGCAACAGCAACUUCAGCAGCAACACCAUCUACAGCAGCAGCAACAGCAGGCAGGUGUGCUAUCCUUUAUCCAGGAAAAAGGAACUCCCCGUGACGAGCCUUGGACCUGCAAGAAGUGCACCCUGGUCAACUAUUCGACGGCAAUGGCCUGUGUGGUCUGCGGUGGUUCCAAGCUGAAAAGCAUCUCUUCCAUCGAGGAUAUGACGCUGCGCAAGGGCGAGUUCUGGACCUGCAGCCACUGUACGUUAAAGAACUCGCUCCAUUCGCCGGUGUGCAGUGCUUGCAAGUCGCACCGCCAGCCGCAGCUCUCGAUUGCCAUGGAGGCAGUGCGGGAGCGACCGGAUGGUCAAUCAUAUGAGGAGCAGGAUGCCGCAGCCGUCGGUGGAGGAGGCGGAGGCAGCGGAGGUAAUGUCCACCAGGCGAGCAGCAGCGAGGUUAAAGCACCCACAGCUUUAAAUCUCCCCCUGGCGUCGGUGGCGUUGCCAAUGCCGCUGCUGCAGAUUCCAACGACAUCGGCGGCCGGACUGCGUGGCUCUCGCAGUCCCUCGCCCAGGAUGCAGCCACUGCCAUCGCUCCAACAGCCGCAACAAAGGAGUUCCAGCUCUUCGGGCGCAAUACCCAAACGGCACAGCACCGGCGGCUCCAUUGUGCCCAGGAACAUCUCCAUCGCUGGACUGGCCAGCUACAACUUGCAGCAGGGCCAGGGAGUGGGCUCCGCAUCGGUGGUGCCCGCAUCGGGAGUCGGGGUCAGUUUCAGCUCAAAGAAGUGGCAGUGUCCGGCGUGUACGUACGACAACUGUGCAGCUUCCGUGGUGUGCGAAAUAUGCUCAAGCCCGCGUGGCCUGGCGAGCGCUGUUUUGGGUGAGGCUUUGGCAAGGAAGUCCAUUCGAGUGGCCCUCACCCCGGCGGAUAUUCGGCAGGAAAGUAAGCUGAUGGAGAACUUGCGCCAGCUGGAGGAGACCGAGGCGCUGACCAAGUGGCAGAACAUUAUCCAGUACUGCCGUGACAACAGCGAGCUUUUCGUGGACGAUUCGUUUCCGCCGGCGCCAAAGAGCCUGUACUACAAUCCGGCGGGCGGUGCGGCCGAGGGCAAUCCCGUGGUGCAGUGGCGGCGACCGCACGAGAUCAACUGCGAUGGAGGAGCGUAUCCGCCAUGGGCGGUAUUUCGCACCCCGCUUCCCUCGGACAUUUGCCAGGGAGUCUUGGGAAACUGCUGGCUACUCAGUGCCCUGGCUGUGCUGGCAGAGCGCGAGGAUUUGGUUAAAGAGGUGCUGGUCACGAAGGAGAUAUGCGGCCAGGGCGCAUACCAAGUGCGCCUCUGCAAAGAUGGCAAGUGGACGACGGUGCUGGUGGAUGACCUGCUGCCCUGCGACAAGCGUGGCCAUCUCGUCUACUCGCAGGCCAAGCGCAAGCAGCUUUGGGUCCCGCUGAUCGAGAAGGCGGUGGCCAAGAUUCACGGCUGCUAUGAAGCCCUAGUUUCUGGCCGGGCCAUCGAGGGCCUGGCCACGCUGACUGGAGCGCCCUGCGAGAGCAUACCGCUGCAGGCGAGCAGUCUGCCCAUGCCCAGCGAGGAUGAGCUGGACAAGGACCUGAUAUGGGCCCAGCUGCUAAGCUCGCGCUGCGUGCGCUUCCUCAUGGGUGCCAGCUGUGGCGGUGGCAACAUGAAAGUGGACGAGGAGGAGUACCAGCAGAAAGGGCUGCGUCCGCGGCACGCCUACUCGGUGCUCGACGUGAAGGACAUCCAAGGUCAUCGGCUGCUCAAACUCCGCAAUCCGUGGGGUCACUACUCGUGGCGUGGUGAUUGGUCUGACGACUCCACUUUGUGGACGGACGACCUACGGGAUGCUUUAAUGCCGCACGGCGCAAGCGAGGGCGUGUUCUGGAUCUCGUUCGAGGACGUGCUCAACUACUUCGACUGCAUCGACAUCUGCAAGGUGCGCUCCGGUUGGAACGAGGUGCGGCUGCAGGGCACUCUGCAGCCCCUAUGCUCCAUCUCCUGUGUGCUGCUCACCGUGCUAGAGCCGACGGAGGCGGAGUUCACGCUCUUCCAGGAGGGACAGCGCAACUCUGAGAAGUCACAGCGCUCGCAGCUGGACCUGUGCGUUGUGAUAUUCCGCACCCGCUCUCCAGCGGCGCCGGAAAUUGGUCGUUUGGUGGAGCACAGCAAGCGGCAGGUGCGCGGCUUUGUGGGCUGCCAUAAGAUGCUUGAGCGGGACAUUUAUCUGCUUGUGUGCCUAGCCUUUAACCACUGGCACACGGGCAUCGAGGAUCCGCACCAAUAUCCGCAAUGCAUCCUGGCGAUACACAGCUCCAAACGACUGCUGGUGGAGCAGAUUAGUCCCUCACCGCACCUUCUGGCCGAUGCCAUCAUCAGCCUGACCCUGACCAAGGGUCAGCGGCACGAGGGGCGCGAGGGCAUGACCGCCUACUACCUUACCAAGGGCUGGGCGGGUCUGGUUGUGAUGGUGGAAAACAGGCACGAGAACAAGUGGAUCCAUGUGAAGUGCGACUGCCAGGAAAGCUACAAUGUGGUGUCCACUCGGGGCGAACUCAAGACGGUGGACUCGGUGCCGCCGCUGCAGAGGCAAGUGAUCAUCGUGCUCACCCAACUGGAGGGCAGUGGCGGCUUCAGCAUCGCCCACCGGCUAACCCAUCGGUUGGCCAACUCGCGCGGCCUUCACGACUGGGGGCCACCCGGUGCCACCCAUUGCCCGCCCAUUGAGAAUGUGCAUGGAUUGCACGCCCCGCGGCUGAUCACCUAGAAUGGGAUUGCCACUUGGGAUCGGGAAUGGCGAAAGAUGGGGAGCGGGCCACACAUAUUCCUUUCGGUGUUCUCUCUCGAUGUUUCCUUGUGCGUAUCCUGAUUUGCAUGCGUCUCCGCUCAUUUCUACCCGUACUCUAGUCGAUGUUUUGUAAACGUAUCACAUCACAGCAAAAACCAAAAGCUAAAACCAACCAACAAACAAAUCAAACCAUAUAUAUGUGUAUAGAUCCGUGCAGAUAUGAUAUAUGUGUUUAUGUACUAAGGCGCAUUCGGAACAGCGGAGCAGAUCGGUUGGGAUACGGCGGGGACUGGAAACCGAAAUCCGGAGGCCCAGGACCUCGGCAUGAUUCCCUCGAGAUCAAAUGAUAUAUGUUUUGAUUUCAGCGCAGAUGAUUAUGGAUUAUAUAGAUAUGUAUUGUGAAUUUAAGUGCAUCCAAUAUUCAUAUGUGUAUUGUUUUAAAAAUAAAGACUACAAGUUAUAAAAGC